AUGUAUUGUUCCUGUGCACCUUGCGGAGAUGCUAGUAUGGAAUUAUGCAUGGCUGCACAGGAGGAUGCUACACCUUGGGAGCUUCCAGUUCCUGAAUUAAGAAAUACAGGAAACCCAGAUGGUCAGCAGCAAGUGUUGCUAAAUGGCAGAGCUCAUUUUUCCAUACUAGGCGCGGUUCGCCGAAAGCCUUCCCGCGCAGACGCAGAGUCAACCCUUAGCAAGUCAUGUUCGGAUAAGCUGGCCCUGAAACAGGUGGCAUCUAUUCUCUCCUUUCCAACAAGUCUGCUACUUGCACCAACUCCAAAUGCAUAUAUAUCUAAUAUCAUUUUGCCGGAAGAAGAACUGAGCCGUACAGGAUGUGAAAGGUCAUUUGGUAGCGGGGAAUCAGGUCGAAUGCGGUCCUUAAACGGACGGAUAUGGGAAGCUGCGCAUAAUGCCCAUGGAGAAUUCAAAUUUCACCCUUUUAAGAUAACUCCACUACUAAUGGAAGAUUUUAAAGGCAUGUGGAAGUACGGAAAACCUACCUCCAAGUCACCGGAACAAAAAGUGAAAACUGCCAAUGUAUCUGCGGUUUGGACUGCGCCUCCAUCGAAUUCAACACGGCCACCUUUCACAACUAAAUGGAAUGAUACCCCUACUUUCUCGGAGCCAGAAUGGUACAAGGCGUACUUUAAAACGCCGCCAACAAAUCUCAACGAGACUUUGAUAAAUGGAGUCAAACAGGGCUAUCGACUGAAUUCGCCCGGAUUUAAAAAAGCCAGUGCAUUAUCUAGAGCUAGAAUGUGGGCUCUUCUAAGUGAUACCUUCAAGCUUCUAAACGAGUACGGUUUGAUACCACAACUGGUUAAUGACAAGGAAGCCUCAUAUUUAUCUCAAGUUGUCCUUUCGGGUCCCUCGUAUGACUUUUUAAAAUCACAGGCAGCCAUGGGUAAGUAUUUGGAAGUUCGGGCCCAGGUGUUGAGGGAUGUACGGCUUGUUCUCAAGAAUUGGAUACGGAACUGUGGUGAUGACGCUUGGGAUCUCACCGUCCUUGAUGCCCCGGUCAAAGAAAAACCUCAGAACUGCAGACUCCCAGAGGAAGCUAGACCAUAG